AAGAAUUCCCUGAUUGUCUACCUCGAGUCUGCCUUUCCUGCAGGUCCCCUUCACGUGUAUCCAUCCGCCAUAGACAUAGGAACUGCUGUGGGAAGACGAAGCAGAGGACAGCAGAAGAAGACGACAACGAGGGAGAAAAAGAAAAGAAACGACCUCUGCCAGCAAACCCCGAAGCCCGACCAACAGCAGGUUCAAAAAGAAACAAAGCAGCAGCGGCAGCAGACGACAGAGAGAGAGCAAAAGGAGCCAUCCCAUCCUAGAAGACUCGACUCUGGCGAGGAAGCCCCAGAUAGAGCAGAGCCAGCAAGCAAGCAAGCCAGCGUUGACGAAAAGAAGCAAAAGGGGACGAAAAAGAAACCAAGACCACAGUCAAAAAAGGGAAGAAGGAUAAGAAGAAAAAAAAAGCAUGGUUCUUUUGCGUGCGCUGUGAAUCUGAUAUCCGAUCUGAUCUGA